CAAUUUUUUCUUUUUUAUUUUUGUUAGAGACCCAGUGGAAGCCUCAGCCCUUAACUUAUAUCGGAGACGUGAAUCUGCUCAUUCUGUGUGUUGAUUGAUCCGUUGGGCAAAAGAGAUGAAUCUGAACAUGAAUUCGAUGGAAUCAGUGGUUGCUCAAAUUCAAGGGCUAUCGAGCAAUUCAUCAGACAUAACUCAGCUUCACAACUUUCUCAAACAAUCGGAAGAGCUACUCCAUUCCGACUUCUCUCGCUUGCUUUCUUCUCUCGCUGAACUCGAUCCUUCUAUUCACUCCCUCGGCUUUCUCUAUAUUCUGGAGGCAUGCAUCUCAUUCCCAGUUGCAAAGGAGCAUGUUAGUGAACUGCUUGUUUCUGUCGCUAGAUUUAUCAAUUCAUGUUCUGCAGAGCAAAUCCAAUUGGCGCCCAAUAAGUUCAUUUCUGUUUGUAAAAAGUUUAAGGAUCAUAUUUUCGGACUGGAAACUCCAAUUCGUGGUGUGGCUCCAAUGCUGACUGCUAUUCGUAAACUGCAAUCCUCCUCUGAGCAAUUAACAACAUUGCAUGCCGAUUUUCUUCUUCUUUGUAUAUUGGCAAAGUGCUAUAAAACUGGCUUCUCUGUGCUGGAGGAUGACAUAUAUGAGUGUGAUCAGCCACGGGAGUUUUUUCUCUAUUGUUACUACGGGGGAAUGGUUUGCAUUGGACAAAAGCAGUUCCGCAAAGCAUUGGAACUCUUGCACAAUGUUGUGACGGCACCUAUGUCUACUCUAAAUGCAAUAGCAGUUGAAGCUUACAAAAAGUACAUUUUGGUUUCACUGAUUCAUCUUGGGCAGUUCUCUACCAGUUUUCCCAAGUACACUUCUUCUGUGGCUCAAAGGAACUUGAAGAAUUUCUCUCAGCCCUACCUGGAGUUGUCAAACAGUUAUGGCACUGGAAGAAUCUCUGAACUUGAAACAUUCGUUCAAACAAACAAGGAAAAGUUUGAAAGCGAUAAUAAUCUUGGAUUAGUGAUGCAAGUAGUGUCUUCUAUGUAUAAGCGCAAUAUUCAGCGGUUAACUCAAACGUACCUAACUCUCUCCCUCCAAGAUAUUGCUAACACUGUCCAGCUAAGAGGCCCCAAACAGGCGGAAAUGCAUGUGCUUCAGAUGAUUGAAGAUGGCGAGAUAUAUGCAACGAUCAAUCAGAAGGAUGGUAUGGUUAGAUUUCUGGAGGAUCCUGAGCAGUAUAAAACAUGUGGAAUGAUUGAACACAUCGAUUCAUCAAUUAAGAGAUUGAUGGUGGUGUCGAAAAAGUUGACUUCUAUGGAUGAACUUAUGUCAUGUGAUCCUAUGUACCUAGGAAAGGUUGGAAGGGAGAGACAGAGAUUUGAUUUUGAUGAUUUUGACAGUGUUCCUCAGAAAUUCACUGUCUGAGACUAGCAGAGUUCAGUUUUCUGAGUAAAUAUGGCAAAUGAUGCUGAUAUGUUCAUUUGAAAUAUAAGCAAACUUUAUUCCAUUGACCUCAAGAAAUGGCUAAGGAAACAGGUGUAUUUAACUCCUGGUUCAAUCAGUGGUAUCAUGUUUGUUCA